AUGAAAUACAUCAUUUGUUUCAUUCGAGUGGUGCUCCGGCACCGGGAGAUACCGAGUUUGCUAGACUCCAAGCCCACCACCCUGGCCACACACAAAACGUAUUAUGAUUUGAGCGGUGGUGAGCCCUUAUUCGCACCGUUCGGUCCCUUACUUCAGGGCGAGAAUAUGCGGCCGAACGCAGUGUUGCGGACAAUGUCUGCCGAAAACAGCACUCAUUUGAGCGCUUUAUUCAAAAAAUCAUUGGAAGACAAACAGAGAGUGAAUGACAUGUUCAACGAGUUUAAGGCAAAGUUCCACAAGACUUAUGCGGAUGAGUCGGUUGACGGGGAAAGGGAGCAGAUAUUCGCGAGGAAUAUGUGGCGAGUGUUUGAGCACAACGUGGAGGCCAUGAACGGCAAGUCCUCAUACACUCAACACAUCAACCGAUUCGCGGACAUGACUGAGGAGGAGAUCAUCGAUCAGUUCGGCUUUCGGUNUAGCAUAGAAUCAAUUGCAGUCAAAAAUAUGUGUAUGUCGUCGACAACGAAAGCCUUCAUAAUCUAUAACAAUGACUUCUAUGGUGGGUGCGGUUCGUGUACUCUGUUCGCAGCGGCAGGACUGGUGGAGACCUAUUGGGCCCGAUUGGGACACGGAGUCCAACCCCUGAGUCCGCAACAGAUGAUCGACUGCUAUCCCGACCCCGACUACAACGUGUGCGACAGAGGCGCCGCCUUUCAGCCCAUUUACGACUAUAUUAGGGAUAAGGGACUCACAUCUUGGGACGAGUAUCCCUACCAGGCCAAGAAAAAUGGGUGCGAUAGGGACCGGGAGGGCCGGACUGUGGCCCGAAUAAACGGGUGGAAUUGGGUGGCGGGCGGUGGCAAUGAGGGGGCCCUCCAUUUGGCGGUUCAAGAUCACGGCCCGUCCGCUAUAGCCAUACACGCGUCCGACUCGUGGGCCAGUUAUAGACAGGGUAUAUACGACGGCCCCUGCGAUGGGGACACCAAUCACGCGGUACUUGUGGUGGGCUAUGGCUAUGAUAAGGCCUGGAAUCAGAACUUUUGGAUCGUGAAGAACUCGUGGGGAGAGGGGUAUGGAGACAAGGGAUACGUCUAUAUGCGCAAGGAUGCCGGCAAUAGGUGCAAAGUCGCCGAUGAAUGUGUCCAGGUGUCUUAAAGCUAAUGAAGUUGCUGUCUCAAAUAAGACAUAUCCAUACGUUUGUAAUGUUGAAAAAAGUUUCAGCAAUAAAAUAUCUUUUUGGAAUCUAAA